CACAUCACAUGCUAUUUUUAUUGCAUAAUUUACACUUGAUUCUGUUCUGUUAUCUUGUCCACACAUAUCACACUUGUCUUUCUGUCCUGAUUCGUGAUGGAGAGAGCAUCAUUUUUCCUAGCCAAUGGCUGCACCCCGCUCUCCCUUUCCCAUGACUUCAUCCUGCCGGCCGAUGUCCGGCCGGUGACGUCGUCCGUCUCAACAUCGAUCACCGUUCCAGUCAUUGACCUGAACGACAAGCAGUCCUUGUUGGUCAAGAAAAUAUCAGAUGCUUGUCAGGAAUAUGGUUUCUUUCACAUUAUCAACCAUGGAGUGCCGGAGGAAUUGUGCCGGCGAAUGAUGGCUGCAGUUAGUGAUUUCUUUAAGCUUCCACCCGAAGAAAGAUCACAUCUCUUCACAGAAGACAAAACCAAGCCUUUAAGGGUGUUCAAUUUUUACCUCAAAGUUGAAGGACAGAAUAAAGUCACUAUGUGGAGUGAGACACUAGUUCAUCCUUGGCAUGCUUCUGAUGAUUUUGCCAAUUUUCUGCCAAGAAAUCCUCCCCAUUACCGAGAGUUGGCAAGUGAGUAUGCGAAGGAGAUCGGAUGGCUCAUGAGGCGGCUCUUGAGCUUGAUAUCUCAAGGGUUGGGGCUGAAGAAGGACAGUUUACGAGUAAGGCUUGGAGACAAACCUAGACUAGUUUCACAUGCCAACUACUAUCCACCGUGUCCACAACCUGAACUCACCUUGGGAUUGCCUGCUCAUACUGACUUAAACGCCCUCACCGUUCUUAUGCAGUCUGAAGAUGUAACUGGCCUGCAGGUGAUGACAAAAGACGGCGAAUGGAUAGCCAUCAACCCUCUCCGCAACGCCUUUGUUGUUAACAUUGGUGAUCAAAUUCAGGUCUUGAGCAAUGGAAGGUAUAAGAGCGUGCAUCACAGGGCUGUUGGCAGCAAGUGCUCGGAACGAGUGUCGAUUGCCAUGUUUUAUGGACCAAACAAGGACACAGUUGUUGGUCCAGUCGAGGAAUUGGUUGAUGAAGACCACCCUCCAGUGUACAGGAGUUAUCGGUAUGAGGAGUUUCUUGAAGAAUUCCACAGGCAGGAAGGCACUAGGCGGAGGGUCAAGGAAGUUUUUGAAUUGCAACAUUGAAACUAUUUUUGUCCGAAGCUGACAUUAAUCGUCUUAUACUAUUCUGGCUUUUCAUCUUAUUUUUCUGUCAGAAUAUAGAUAUUUGAUAGAGAAUCAUUAGCAGAGAGUAAGGUCAAGGUCAUUACCUGCAGCACAUGGAACUUUCUGGACAACCUGCACAUGUUCAAUAAAAUAGAACAGAACAUAUCAUAAGAAAUCGAAAGAACUGUAUUCUGA